AUGGGCAAUUGCUCGCCCAAGCCCAAGCGUCAAUCCCGAUCAUCCAAAACCCUAGUGGAUACCUCGCUGCCGCCGGCCCAACUCCACGGAUCGGAAUCCUCUCUAAUCGCGUGGCGUAUCCGCGUCGCACUUCUCUACAAACGUGUAGCCGUCGAAUUCGUCGAAUGCGGAGAUGACGAACCCUUCCUCCGGUGUGGAUCGGAGAUGGUGACUGGUUCGGAAGAAUCGCUGCUUCGAUACAUUGACAAUAGGUAUGGAGGGCCGCCGUCGGAGACGGUGACGGAAACAAAGGAGAGGGUAAUGGCGGCGGAAGUUAUAGUGGUUCAACAUCGAAGCAUUCAACAGCAUGUCGAGGGUAUGGCGCAGUGGGUGGCAAAGUUGAUGGCGGCAGGCGGCGAUGAAUGGAAAGAGAAAGCGGCGGAGGGGAGGCGUAUGGGGAAAUUGUACGGAGAGUUGGUGGAGAUAAUGCUAGAGCAUGCCCAAAUGGAGGAAAGGUUCAUUUUCCCGACUCUCGAAAGGACCGCAGACUACGGUACUACUGCGGCGGAUUCAUGA